GGUGUGUUUUUUUUUCUCGAGUUGCCAACGAGACUGCGUUUUGGGUUUGUCAGCAUCGCCGUCAUGUUUCUACCCGCAGCAACCAAGAUGGGCAUCGAUGCUGACUGAGCAGGGUGGAGUUUCGAUCAGAAAAAAAGCUGAUACAGUUAGUCCUGAGUCAUGGUUAUUCAGAAGAAAUCUACCAUGGUCUCUGAUCUGAAGUAUUUAACGGACUGUGUAAGAGGGCUGUGCAAGAGGACUGUACUCCGCUCAAUGAAGAUGCUCCUCCUCCUCUCCCUCCUCUGCGUUUUAUCGCUGUGUCUUUUCAACGGGUGGCCGAGGGUAUUCCAGGCACUGAAAGCCAUGAAUCCAACCACCUCCUACGACCGCAGAAACAUCACGAUCCUGCUGUGGUACUGGCCCUUUGGUAGGUCAUUCAGCCUGAGGGGUGACGUGUGCUCGGACCUCUACGGCAUCCCUGGCUGUACACUGGUGGACCAGCGCUCCUUGUUCCCCUCAGCCGAUGUGGUGGUGUUCCACAGCAGGGAGCUGCUGCUGGGACACCAGAAGCUGCCCCUUAACCUCACACGGCCACAGGGCCAGAGGUGGGCCUGGAUGUCCCUGGAAGCCCCCGUGCACAACGGAAACUUGUGCCAGUAUGAAAAUAUCUUUAACAUGACCAUCACCUACAAGAGAGACGCUGAUGUCACAAUCCCCUACGGCGAGCUGCUGCCAAAGGAGGCGGGAGGACAUCCGGUUGAAGAAGUCCCUCUGAAUAAGAGCUUCCUGGUCUGUUGGGUGGUCAGCAACUACAAUAGCCAUCACAGGAGGAGCAAGGUGUACAAGGAGCUCAAGGGCACGGUUCCUGUAAAGGUAUACGGCCGCUGGACGAAGAGACCCCUCCCCUCUAAAGCCCUCUUACCUGCAAUAUCUCGCUGCUACUUCUAUUUGGCUAUGGAAAACUCAGUCGCCAAAGAUUAUGUCACAGAGAAGCUGUGGAGGAAUGGGUUGCAAGGCGGGGCUGUGCCUGUCGUCCUGGGACCGCCAUUAGACGACUACAAAGCCGUGGCGCCACCUAAUUCUUUCAUCCAUGUCGAUGAGUUUGCAUCCGUAGAAGACUUGGGAAAGUAUCUACAAGGGCUUGCAGAGGACAAGAAGCGCUACAAUGGAUAUUUUACCUGGAAACAACACUGGAAAGUAAAGCUUUACACAGACUGGAAGGAGAGACUGUGUAAGAUCUGCUCACAGUACGACAGUUUACCUCAGCGGAAGGUUUACUCCAACCUAGAGGCCUGGUUUAAUGGUAACAACACUACAGCUUGCACAAAAAAAUCUCGGACCAAUUAGCAGCAUUGAGAAAUAAAAAUACUCUGAGACACUGCAUUUAUGUAUGCGCACAUGCUUUAGCCACCGUAUUAAAGAGCAAUGAAUCACACCAAAGUACCGAUAAUCCCAGCACUAUUUAACAAACCCCAAAGAAUAGUAUAAUAGUAACAGUUUGGGAAGUUAAAUUACUGUUUUGCUCAAGACACGGCGAUUCCUUUGAAUUCAACCCAACAGAGCAGACGGAGGUCAUCGAUAUGAACACCCAUAUUGUUCCACUCUAAAGGAGGGCACCAUGUAACAGGAUUUGAUUUUUAAAAAAGUGUUUUUUUGAUGUUUGAUGUCAUUUUACACUGUAAUAAAGGAUUUGAAAAAGUUCCAGCUUCUCUAAUGGAGAAAGUGUUGCUGAUGCAAGUUGUCAUUACAGGUAACACCACACACUUUGAACUUCCUCAGACCGGCGUGAAACAAGUGAUUAUAAAAUACUGUGGGUAAUGACUUCAUCUAGUCAUGUCAAGUUGGACUGGAAUCGAAAGCUAAAUAAACUGCCAAUGCACAAUAAAAAGGUUUGACAUGAAAAGAAACAGCAUGACCUUUUUACACUUCAAGAAUGCCAUGUUUUAUGGAACUAGUUGCAUAGAUUUAUAAGUGUUUUAAAUUGAAAACAUUGUAGGUUUGAUAAUUGAAUCUGCUUAGUUUUACAGUAUUGUUAGGAUUACAUAUUCACACAUGG